AUGGAUGAUGAUGAUGAUGAUGAUGAGCACACCACGACGAUACCCGAUUAUCCGGAGAUCGAGAACCCGACGUACUGUGUACCGUUCGAUGUGUCGGAUUCGCGUACACUGACCGUGCCGAAAUCACCGAUGUUGGCGUACCCGUUAAUGGAUUUUGUAAAAGUCGACCGAUUGUUAAGUGGUCGGGGUUACGAACACUGCGUAGUCGAAUCCAAAUACGAUGGCGAACGGUUAUUGUGCGUUGUCGUAAACGAUCGAAUCAAAGAGCGCACGGUGUUUUAUUCACGUACAUUGAAAUCGUUUUACAAUCAACAACAGCAGUUUCAAGUUUUUCUGAUUAAUGGACACAAAUCCGCGAUUCUGGACGGAGAACGAGUGUACAUUAAACCGGAAUACGACAACGGUCCGGAGAUCGAUAAAUACGUAAUACCUAUAUGUGAUACGGGCACCCGAUGUUCUAUAAAACAGAUAUAUAUGAUAUUCGAUAUACAAGCGUGUGACGGAGAGUACGUCGUGCACAAAAGCCUAAAAGAACGUCAAUCGUUGUUGAGAGACGUCGUUUGUGAAUCGGACACGGUGAAAAUCGUAAAAUCGCGCAACGUCGGAACGUACGGAGAUUUACGUCAGAUGUAUGACGAUGUUUUAGGAAACGGUGGCGAGGGUCUGAUCGUCAAAGAUUUACGAAUACCGUAUACGCCGGGAGAGCGAAAACAUUGGAUAAAAUUAAAACCACUACAUUUGCACGAACACCGAUCGGAAUAUGAUUUAUACGUGCACCGUGCGCUAUUAGACAAAAACGGAAAUCGCAGUAUAUUAGAAUGCGGUUAUUACGAAAAAUGUAAAAACGCAUUUGUACAAGUGUGUCGGGUGUCUAGUGGUCUGAACGAUACAGCACGCAAUCGUAUAAAAUUAUUGAUAAAUCCAGACGGGUUGUUUAAACGACGGACCGUGGUUACCGUGAGUGCAGAUAAAAUAACAAACAAAAAAUCAUUAAGACAUCCCGUGUUUUUACGGUUUUCGUUCGAGAAACAUGCGAUCGACGACACUUUAUUUAUAUAA